GAGAGGUCAAGGUUCAAGACACCUGGGGGUGGACAUGACCCUUCACCCCGACAAUGACGACCUCACACACCGCAAUAAGUACUUCACAUCCUCAGAUGAAGACCUGAUUAAACGGAUCCUGGCGGACGGCCAGCUGCAGGUGUCUCAUCUCUGUGACCCCCAACACUUCUUCUCCCAGACAGCAGACAGCGAGACGGCCGACCUGUCCAGUAUCUUUGGUGAUAAGACAGAGGUGGUCCUCCUUCAGAAGAUGAAUGAACCGCUGUCCCUCGGAGCUGUCAAGAGGGAGCCCCCUAGAACAGCCUUCACCUCACGCACAGUUGUAACAGACGUGUGUAGUCCGAGGCGUUUCCCUCCCUGGUGUGGGCAGGCAGCUCUAUGGGGCAGCUGGUCGGGGCUUGUCCUAGCCAAUGGGCUGUCAGUGUGGGCAGGAAGAGGCUUCAGUGAUGCCGGUGGCUCUGAUGUGGCUCAUUUCCUGUAUCGGUAGCUUCCUGUCCUCCUGCUUGCUGCUGGAGCCAAUCAAGGUGCUACUAGAAGGCCUGUACUUUGCCCUGUGGGUGAAGAGGCUCCGUCCAGAGGAGCAGGAUGUCCUGGUGGAGUGUCCUCGUGUUGACAGAGUUGUCCAGCGUGUCCCCAGAGUCAGACCACCCCAAGGCUUCGCUCUGUCCCAGGCCAGACAGCAGGCCCGCAAGGUCCACAUGCUGCACAACAUGCUCAAGGU